AUGGUCUCUUCCCGACUUUUCCGCCCGGCUGCCCGUCUGGCUUCUUCGCGCCUGGCCACCCCUCUUCGCCCGGCUUUUGCCCAGUCUGCUUGCGCUCAAUCCGCUCUGCGCGCCCGAGGAUAUGCGUCGGAGGGCGGUGUUAAGGAGGUUACUGUCCGUGAUGCCUUGAACGAGGCCCUGGCGGAGGAGUUGGAGCUCAACCAGAAGACUUUCAUUCUGGGCGAGGAGGUCGCACAGUACAACGGAGCUUACAAGGUCACUCGCGGCCUGUUGGACCGCUUUGGACCCAAGCGGGUUAUUGAUACCCCCAUCACUGAGGCUGGUUUUACCGGUCUUGCUGUUGGUGCUGCUCUGGCUGGUCUGCACCCUAUUUGCGAGUUCAUGACCUUCAACUUUGCCAUGCAGUCCAUCGAUCAGAUUAUCAACUCCGCCGCUAAGACUCACUACAUGUCCGGUGGUAUCCAGCCCUGCAACAUCACCUUCCGUGGUCCCAACGGUUUCGCCGCCGGUGUCGCCGCUCAGCACUCUCAGGACUACUCUGCCUGGUACGGCAGCAUUCCCGGUCUCAAGGUUGUCUCCCCAUGGAGCUCUGAGGAUGCCAAGGGUCUGCUGAAGGCUGCUAUUCGUGACCCUAACCCCGUUGUGUUUCUUGAGAACGAGCUUAUGUACGGCCAGGCUUUUCCCAUGAGCGAGGCCGCCCAGAAGAACGACUUCGUUCUCCCCAUCGGCAAGGCUAAGAUUGAGCGCCCCGGAAAGGACCUGACCAUUGUCUCCCUCUCCCGCUGUGUCGGCCAGUCCCUCACCGCUGCCGCCGAGCUUAAGCAGAAGUACGGUGUUGACUCCGAGGUCAUCAACCUGCGCUCCGUCAAGCCCCUGGACGUCGAGACCAUCAUCGCCUCCCUGAAGAAGACCGGCCGCCUCAUGGUCGUUGAGUCUGGAUACCCCAUGUUCGGUGUGUCCUCCGAGAUCAUGGCUCUGGCCAUGGAGUACGGCUUCGACUACCUGACUGCCCCCGCCGUCCGUGUCACUGGUGCUGAGGUGCCCACCCCCUACGCCGUUGGUCUGGAGAACAUGGCCUUCCCCCAGGAGGACACCAUCGUUAGCCAGGCCGCCAAGCUUCUGCGGGUGUAA